AUUACUUUUAGUUUUAAAUUUUUAAUAGACAUAUUUAAGUUUGAACUACUAAAAUUCUAAAUCAUUUGUUUAAUAUGUGCACAGCUGCAUGGUGGUCUCUUUAUGGUGUUAAUGCUCCGAUUUUACGAAAGUUAGCCAUGAGAGUCCUUAGUCUAACGUGCAACACUUCUGGCUGUGAGCGCAAUUGGAGUGUUUUUGAACACAUUCAUUCCAAGAAGAGGAACAKGUUAGAGCAAAAGCGUCUUAAUGACUUGGUUUAUAUAAAAUAUAACCAAGCACUUAAAGAGCGCUACACUCUACAAGACCAACUUGAUCCAAUUACUUUGGAUCAUAUUGAUGAAAGUAAUGAAUGGUUGAUCGGAACACUCGAAGAAGAAGAUGGUCAAGAAGAAAAUGAGUUGGUCUUUGAUGAUGACGACCUCACAUGGGGAGAUGUAGCCGAGGCUAGUGGUGUUAGAGAACCCAUMAGGCAAACUAGAACAUAUGYAAGAUCUAAAGGAAAGUCGCCUGCUACUCCUGCUCCUACAACUUCAAGAGUUCGAAAAUCAGUGCAAGUUGUGGUUAGUGAUGAUGAUGAUGACACCGAAGAAGAAGAAGAAGAAGAAUUGGAAAAGGAAGAUUGUGAGGACGUCCAAGAUGAAGAGAAUUUAGAUUUAGAUGAGGAUGAUGAGCUUUGAUUACUUAUAUUUACUUUUUGUUCUAUUUCAGACUCUACAAUUUCUUAA